GAUACCCCGCCCCAUCCCAGCAAGAGAAGAAACCGAAGCCCCUGCCGGACAGGGGCCAUCUUCGCCAUGAACUCAGCCGCGGCCGCAGCGGGGAGUCUGGGCUACGUCCGAGAAUUCACACGCCAUGCACCAGACGUGCUCUGGAACCUGAAUGAAUUACGCCUGCGUGGGAUCCUUACCGAUGUCACGUUGCUAGUGGGAGGUCGGGCCCUCCGGGCUCACAAGGCGGUCUUGAUCGCCUGCAGCGGCUUCUUCUACUCGAUUUUCCGUGGCCGGGCAGGGGUGGGAGUGGACCUACUCUCCUUACCUGGGGGCCCUGAAGCUGGUGGCUUUGCCCCUCUUUUGGAUUUUAUGUACACUUCACGCCUACUCCUUUCACCGUCCACGGCCCCAGCGGUCCUGGCGGCAGCCACCUAUCUGCAGAUGGAUCACGUGGUAGAGGCCUGUCACCGAUUCAUCCAUGCAAGCUAUGAGCCCAUAGGCAUCUCCUUGCAACCACUUGAUUCAGAAUCACAGGCACCUCUCAUGCCAGCAGCCCCUCCAGAAGGUAGCCCCCGCCGCUUUGAGGGGCACCCGGACCCUCCAACAGAGUCCCGAAGCUGUUUCCAUGGUCCUCCCAGCCCAGACAGCCCACCUAGUCUUGACCCCACAGCUCGCAACUGGAAGAAAUACAAGUUCAUCAUUCUCAACUCCAGGACGGCCCAAGCAGGGACCCCAGCUGGGAAGGCUGACGCUGCUGCGGAACCAGCUGCUUCAGCAAAGCCUGCCAAUGGCGAGGAAGCCUCUAGCAGCAGCGGGGAGGAGGGUUUCUGUUCCGGAACUGGGAGCAGGCUCUCCCCGGCGCUUGAUCCCCCCUUGCUGCUCACGCACCCCAGCCAGAGAAACCUCGGAUCAUCUUCUGAAGCGUCCGGUCCUAGACCAGGGAAUAAUUUCUUCAGCUGCCAGGACUGUGAGGGAAGGAUUGGCUGUCCGGCAGAGGUGGGGUCGCGGGCACUGCCCCCCCUCAGUCCGGGAAACGAAGACAAACCCUACAAGUGUCAGCUCUGCCGAUGCGCUUUCCGCUACAAAGGCAACCUAGCCAGUCACCGCACAGUGCACACAGGAGAGAAGCCUUAUCACUGCGCCAUCUGCGGGGCGCGUUUUAACCGACCUGCCAAUCUCAAAACGCAUAGCCGCAUCCAUUCGGGAGAGAAGCCUUACAAAUGCGAAACUUGCGGCUCUCGCUUCGUGCAGGUGGCACACCUCCGUGCACAUGUGCUGAUUCACACUGGGGAGAAGCCCUAUCCUUGUUCCACCUGUGGAACUCGCUUUCGCCACCUGCAGACACUGAAGAGCCACGUGCGCAUCCAUACUGGGGAGAAACCGUAUCAUUGUGAGCCCUGCAACCUCCAUUUCCGCCACAAGAGUCAACUACGCCUGCAUCUUCGACAGAAACAUGGUGCUGCCACCAACACCAAAGUCCAUUACCAUGUUCUGAGGGCCCCUUGUUGAGGGCCAGGGUUGUGGCCCAGCUUCCUCUUAACCCUUUUCUGGUUCCAGAGCUGAUCUUAGUCCAGUUUUUCACCCUGGGGAGAGCAGGGGUAGCAGAUCUACUAGAUCUGUUUCCAUUUUGCUGGUCAAAAUCUCUUCCCUUUACAAUUUUUUGCCUAAUUCCCUAAGUCCUAGUCAGGUUGCCUGACAGGGAACAGAACUCAACCUUGAGCACCUAAUUUCAGUUCUUCUGUAAAUAUAAUUUAUUGGAGUUACUGGGUGGGGUUGAAGUUUUUCCUCAUAGGACACUAUUUCCUCAUUCCUUUCCUACCCCCAUUAGGGAAUUAUGUGGCUAGAACUGAUCCACAGUAAGGUGAGGUCACAGCUCUGCUGGCAGAGCCAAGUCUGGAACCCCCCUGUACCAAAGCUUGAAUAUUUCAUAUAAUUCCUAUUAUAGCCAUUAUACUUAAAGAAACUUUAAAAAAAAUCUAUUUUACAAGAGGUAGGAACCUCUAUUCUGGAGCAGUUUAGGAACCCUAUGGGGAUAACGAAGCCAAGCCAAACCAUUCUAGAAAGUAAUGGGUCUUGGAUCAAAGCUUCUCUCUGUUCUUGUAGAACAGUCUGACCCUUUGGGUAAUCUAGAUGUAGAGAAAAUAAGCCCUUCACUGUGGCUCUUCAAGAAGUUUUGGGGCUCUGUAUUACUCCAAAGUGGGGGCUGGUAACCUCCAGAAAUCUCAUUGGUCUAUACUUAGUCAUGUAGAAGAGGGGGACUGGAUCCUUCAUGGUGAUUUUGAAUAUAAAAUUAUACAUUUUCUAUUAUCACUGUACAGUUGGGUCUGGGACCUAACCUGACAUUUUAAAAAUUAGCUCUGGUUGUGCAAAAACUGGGAACCUUCACGUUGGCUCUAGAGAGGAAUCUAGAAUUUCUUGUUACCCAAGAGUUCAGCCUGCUUAUCUGCUGGGCUGCUGGAACUCCGACUGUGAUGUUUUCCAGUUCUCUAUAUUGUCUUCUAGAAUGACAAGGACUCAGGGAUGGCUGAGGUGACACCUUAGAGUCUGUUUGGGUCUAUGACCUCUUUCCUUUAGUGUUUUCUCUUCCAGAGAAGAGAAUGGCCAUUUAUUUUCCCUUGAUCCUGGAUAUAUUGCCUCAUUAGUCUCCUACUGCAACUAGAAAACUCUCCUUUUGCUCAAGAAGUCUUGGGUGCUGUGUAAUACCCUUGUUAUUGUUAUUGGGUUUUUCUUUUAAACUUAGAAACUGUUCUGGGAUAUCACUUUUUUAUUUUUGGUCAUGAACCACAAAAGGCAUCAGAGCCUGAGGCUAUAAAGAGAUGUGGGGAGAGGAGAGGGAUACUCUGGCCUUCAUGGAAUGCAAGAUUUUUCUUUGGACUGAGCAUUUAAGGGACUGGUUGUCAUUUCUGAGUUGAGGUUAAGUGCUUCCAAAAAGAUAGUCUGUCAAGGACAGCCUAUGGCAGAAAAGUACUUCUGUGUAUCUGGGCCCGAGAUUAGACAGAGACAUUUACUACUGAUGUUGGUUUCACAAGCUGGGGCCAAAUGAGGCCUGUAUUCUGGUCCGCUAGUUGAAAAAAGUGUUGGGAAUAAAAUCAGUUACUUUCAAGGUAGAGAAGGCCUAUUACAGUUACAUUUCUUACAAAAAAGCUAUGCCGUGGAUAUUCCCCUAUAGGUUAUUUGUGGUGGUGUGAGAGGGGUACACCCACUGUAGUUGGGCGACUGAAUGUGGUGGGGGGGUUGGGGCUUAAGUUCAGUGGCCCUUCUUCCCCUGUUCCCCCAAGGGAAGAUAGGAAGAGGAGAGAGAUGAGAAAGCUGAAGUGACAUUUAGAGGGAGAAUGAAGGAGUAGGGAAAGUGAAUGGGAGAUGGAUCAAUGAGUGGAGAUCUAAGCUGAGCCUUGGAAUAAAAAAACAUCCAUGUC